CACUACUGUAAGAAUUAGGAACAAGGCAGGACAACAGAGAACUCUUAAUUGUUCAGAGAACUCUGUCCCCUCCCCCGCAUCCCUGCAGAAUGUUGAGUCUGAAAGUAUGAGCAGGUUAACAUAUCAGGGGUCCAUGACCUGUGGAGGAUGAAAGAUGAUCUGACAUACAGAACUGGCUGAGUCUCUGUAGAUACAGGGCUCAUCUUCAUGAAUGUCAAAGGAACUUAAGCAACACUGAAGCUCUUCCACUUGAAAGAAGUCCCUGUGCUGUACAUAAUCACCAAGGCCAGGAGAAAAGAAAGAACUAAGAAAGAAAGGACACAGCCUGAGGCUGUAGGAUUCAUGCUGUGGAGCACCCCAUAAGGCACAGGUACGGGUCUGGGAAAAGCAGAGAGAGCUGCCGCUGAUGGACAUAGAUCCUACAUUAUCAACAAUUUGUUUGAGCCAUGUCAGUGGCAACAUCGGUGAGAGGGUUUGCCUCCAGUCUGUCUUCCCUGCAGAUCAGGCAGGUAGCCUUAAAGGAAGCUAAGCUAACAUCUCCCGUCUGGGCCGCACAGCACUGGAACUUGGAUCUGAGACUGGUACCAUCUGUCAGAGUAGGGAUUUUGGUACUGUUGAUUUUUCUCCCGAGCACGUUCUGUGACAUAGGAUCUGUAUAUAAUUCUUCCUAUGAAACAGUCAUCCCUGAGAGACUGCCAGGCAAGGGGAGUGAAGAUCCUGGAGGGAAGGUGUCCUACAUGCUGUUGAUACAAGGCCAAAAGCAGCUGCUUCACCUCGAGGUAAAGGGACCCUACUCUGAGAAUAACUUCCCAGUCUACAUUUACCACAAUGGCAUCCUGGGGCAAGAAAUGCCUCCCCUCUCCCAGGGCUGCCACUAUGAAGGCUUCAUGGAAGGGGUGCCAGGUUCCUUUGUUUCUGUCAACAUCUGUUCAGGCCUCAGGGGAGUCUUGAUUAAAGAGGAAACAUUCUAUAGCAUUGAGCCCGUGCUCUCUUCCAAAAACUUUGAACAUGUCCUCUACACCAUGGAUCAUCAGCCCAUGGUCUCUUGCAGGGUCACUCCUGAAGACAGCCCGGGGAACACCAGCCAUCAACAAAGAAGCAGGAAGCCUGAUGACCUACUGGUUCUGUCUGACUUGUGGUCACACACCAAGUAUGUGGAGAUGUUAGUUGUGGUCAACCACCAGCGGUUCCAGAUGUGGGGCAGUAAUGUCAACAAGACGGUCCAGGCGGUGAUGGACAUCAUUGCUCUGGCCAACAGCUUCACUAGGGGGAUAAACACAGAGGUGGUGCUGGUGGGCCUGGAGAUCUGGUCAGAGGGUGACCCGAUAGAGGUUGCAGUGGACCUGCAGGCCACACUCAGGAAUUUCAACUUCUGGAGACAAGAGAAACUCGUGGGUCGGGUCAGGCACGAUGUGGCACACUUGAUUGUCGGGCAUCGCCCAGGAGAGAAUGAGGGCCAGGCGUUUCUCGAUGGUGCCUGUUCAGGCAAGUUUGCGGUGGCCGUGGAGGCCUUCCAUCAUGAAGAUGUCCUCCUGUUUGCGGCACUCAUGGCUCACGAGCUUGGGCACAACCUGGGUAUCCGGCAUGACCACCCGACCUGCACCUGUGGUCCUAAGCACUUCUGCCUCAUGCAUGAGAAGAUCAAUAAGGGCAGUGGCUUCAGCAACUGCAGCUCUGACCACUUCCUCCGUUUCCUCCACGACCACAGCGGGGACUGCCUGCUUGAUGAGCCUUGGCGCCAGAGCCGCAAGCGCAGAGCUGCCCGUUGUGGAAAUGGUGUGGUGGAGGAUUUGGAGCAGUGUGACUGUGGUAGUGCCUGUGACAAUCACCCAUGCUGUGCGCCAACCUGUACACUGAAGGAGGGUGCGCAGUGCAGUGAGGGACUCUGCUGCUACAGAUGUACAUUCAAGAAGAAAGGGAGCAUAUGUCGCCCUGCUGAGGAUGUGUGUGACCUUCCCGAGUACUGUAAUGGCAGUACUCACGAAUGCCCUGCAAACAGCUACAUGCAGGAUGGCACACAGUGUGAUAGGAUUUAUUACUGCUCGGGGGGUGUGUGUAAGAACCCUGAUAGGCAAUGUGCAAAGAUCUAUGGGUAUCCUGCAAGAUCUGCCCCUGAGGAAUGUUACAUUUCGGUUAAUACUAAAGCAAACCGGUUUGGAAACUGUGGCCAUCCCACCUCGGCUAACUUAAGAUACGAAGCAUGUUCCGAUGAGGAUAUAUUUUGUGGGAAACUGGUAUGUACAGAUGUUAUAAACCUGCCACAAGUCAAACCCCUACACUCACUCCUCCAGGUUCCUUAUGGAGACAACUGGUGUUGGAGUAUGGAUGCCUAUAACAUUACUGAUGUCCCUGAUGACGGAGAUAUACAGAGUGGCACCUACUGUGCCCCAAACAAAGUCUGCAUGGAGUACUUCUGCAUUGGUCACGCGGUGCUGCAGUAUGACUGUGAGCCACAGGAAAUGUGUCAUGGGAAUGGAGUGUGCAACAAUUUAAAGCACUGUCACUGUGAUGCUGGUUUCGCCCCUCCUGACUGCAGCAGACCAGGAAAUGGGGGGAGUGUGGACAGUGGUCCUGUCGGCAAGCUAACUGAUCGAAACCUAGACCUGAAUCUUUUUAUAGUUGAAGAGAGUCAAGAUGCUAAGAUGGAAGAUGAAGAGAUAAACAUGAAAGUGGCGGUGCUUGUGAUUCCUAUAUUUCUUGUCGUCCUACUGUGUUGUCUAAUGCUGAUCGCCUACCUCUGGUCUGAAGUACAAGAAGUGGUGUCUCCGGGGAGCUCAUCAGAGUCUUCGUCAUCAGAAUCCUGGUCAGAAUCUGAUUCCCAAUGAAGUCUUAUUUAAGAUCUUCUCAUGGAUCGCUGCUGUUGAUGUCUUGUAUUUUCUGGGCAAUUUUGACUAAGUGGUUUUUAGGGCAUGCUGCAUCUACACUGUAUAGUGUAAUGUGUUUUCUACAUACUUGUGUUGCUCAUCUCAGAAACAACUAUUAUAUCAUGAAUGUACUAAAGGGAUCUAAAUGUUCGAACUUGCCCUGUCAGCUACUGUUCAUAAAAUAGAAGUCAUUUUAAAUAAAUACAAACAGUAAGGCAUUUUUCC